AUGACUAAUUUGAAUACCAAAUUUGAGAGGAUGCAGCUUUCUAAAGUUCAAGCUAAUGUUGUUAAUGUUGAAUGUGAAUACUUCCAUGAGAAUCAUGAUACUAAUGCUUGUCCAACACUGAUGUCUUCAGAUUCUUCUCAACAACUGCAAGUAAAUGGUGUUUGGUAUGAUCAGCGUCCUAACCAGCAAAAUUACCAAAGAAGGAAUUAUCAAGGCACUGGUUUAGAUAUAAAAUCUGAUAAUUAUUUGAAGCCACCAUCUAUUCCACAAAGAGAGCCUUCUGAUUUGGAGCGGUUAGUUGGAUCUUUGGCACAAAGUACUAAUGCUUUCAUGGAAGAGAGUAGAACUAAUCAAAGAAGUACCAAUGCUUUCAUUGAGGAGAGUAGAGCUGAUGCCAGGAAUACCAAAGCUUCAAUUAAGAACCUGGAAAAUCAGAUUGGUCAGCUUGUCCAACAAUUGUCUGACAGAGAACCAGGUACAUUUCCUGGCAAUACUAUCACUAAUCCUAAGGAAGGUUGUAUGGCUAUCACCACCAGAAGUGGUAAAGUGGUGGCAUCUCCCCCAAAGCCUAUCAUUGAGGUGGAGGAGGAUGAGAAAGUUGAAGAGGUAGAGAAAUCUGAAAAAGAAGCUGAGAGUUCUCCAAAAGUAGUGAAGCCUGUUGUUGCUGGUAAACAGAAAGACCAACCUGUUGUUUCAAAAGAGAAGUUUGAGCUUAGUGAGGAAUAUCUUAUGAAAAUGGCACCUUACCCUGGAAGGUUGAAGCCAGAGCUGAAAGCAAAAAGCUAUGACAGGUUUCUUGAAAUUUUUAAGAAGUUGCAUGUGAACAUUCCAUUUGCUGAAGCAUUGGCUAGUAUGCCAAAUUAUGCAAAGUUCAUGAAGGACCUUCUCUCCAGAAAGCACAAGCUGCAAGAAUGUCAAACAGUUGCACUUACUGAAGAGUGCAGUGCCAUCAUUGCUAGAAAGUUCCCUCCUAAGCUUCGUGAUCCUGGAAGCUUCAACAUUGAAAUUGAAAUUGGUGAAACAAAGAUUGGCAGGGCCUUAUGUGAUUUGGGGCUUCCUGAUAUAUCCCUAAGGAAGCCCAGUGGUAUUAUCGAAGAUGUUCUUGUGAAAGUUGACAAGUUCAUUUUCCCGGCUGAUUUUGUUGUGCUUGAUAUGGAAGUUGAAAAUGAAAUGCCCCUUCUUUUGGGUAGACCUUUCUUGGCCACAGCUCGCGGCUAUGAUUGA